GGCGCCAGACUUGGUGUCAUGGAAUACUCUGAUUGCUGGAUUUUCUGGAGUUGGGGAUGGGUGGAGCGCUAUGGAUGCCUUUGUGCAACUGAAGGCCGUGCAUUUCGAUGAACAAGUUGUCCCUGAUGAGUACACGCUUGCAGCUGUGGUGUCUGCUUCUGCUGCUUUGCCUGCAAUGUUUGGUGGGAGGCCGCUUCAUGCUGAAGUCAUCAAAGCUGGAUUAGAGAGCAGUGUGUUUGUAGGGAACACACUGCUCAACAUGUAUUUUACAAAUGAGGAGCCAGAUUCUGCACGGAUUUUGUUUGAUUCCCUUACCCAUAAGGAUGUAAUCAUGUGGACUGAGAUGGUCGCAGGCCACUCCUCACUGGGUGAGGGAGAAUUGGCCUUGAGGUACUUUGUAAGCAUGCUUCACGAAGGUUACAACGUUGACAGUUUCUCUUUGAGCAGUGCUUUAAACUCCACGGCAGAGCUUGCAGGUCUUAAACAAGGAGAGAUGCUCCAUGCUCAAGUGGUAAAAAGUGGUUAUGAAGGGAAUAUUUGUGCCUCUGGAAGCCUUGUUGACAUGUAUGCAAAAAAUGGUGCUCUCCCAGGUGCUUAUUUGGUGUUUUGUAAUAUACAAAAUCCAGAUUUGAAGUGCUGGAAUUCCAUAAUUGGAGGAUAUGGCAAUCAUGGGGAUUCUGAAAUGGCAUUUAAGUUAUUUGGUGAGAUGAUUCAUGACGGGCUUCAACCUGACCAUGUAACUUACAUCUCCCUCCUCUCUGCGUGUAGCCACUGUGGACUAGUUGAGAAAGGGAAGUUCUAUUGGUUCUGUAUGAUGACCGAUGGUAUUGUGCCUGGGUUCAAGCACUACACUAGCAUGGUGAGUUUGCUGAGUAGGGCAGGUUUGUUGGAGGAAGCAGUUGAUUUAAUGAUGAAAUCCCCUCUCGCCAAGAAAUGUCCUGAAUUAUGGAGAAUUCUGCUAAGCUCCUGUAUAACAUUUAAAAGUUUCUCCAUUGGGGUUCAUGCUGCUGAACAGGCGCUAGAGCAGGAUCCAGAUGAUAUUGCAACACAUAUUUUGCUUUCAAACCUUUAUGCCUCUGUAGGAAAAUGGGACAUUGUAGCUGAAAUUAGGAAAAGGAUCAGAGGACUGAUGGUUGAAAAGGAGCCUGGGCUGAGCUGGAUAGAGAUGAAAAAUGUGGUUCAUGUGUUCUCGGCAGACGACAAAUGCCACUCUCACAUAGAUGACUGCCGCGGCGAGUUGAUAAGGCUUAAGGGAAACAUGGAAUUAUCGGAUACUUAUGAAAAUGAGUUGAUGUCAAGUGGCUAAUUUGCAUGAACAUAUUAGGAGAUUUGAUAUGCUUAAUUUGGUCCCAUGCCUUGUGGCAAUAAAAUUGACUUGUACGAAAUUCUGAGCAUAAGAAAGAUAGGUGUUAUCUGUGAAGGGAACAGCCUAUCGAUUUGAUGGUUCCAAAUUAGAGCUCCUGCUAGGUAGCAUUGGAGCUAGGAAAUUGACACUCAAGGUCUCAAACUCCAUCAAACAAGUUACAAAGGUGAAAAUAACCCAUAAAAGGGACUCAUUUUUCUUCGGCCUAUCCAGUAACUAUUACUUCUUAGGCAUCCAAUUGAUCAGUGGACAAUUGCUUCAGAAGGGGGGAAUUCUGGGUUACACAUUCUUCAAGCUUGAUAUUUGCUUCUAUAGGAUAAUGUAUCACAGUUAUCUUGGCAAAUGUUCAGUUCAACUAAGGAUGAUGUAAGGCUCCAGCCUCCUGAGCAACCUGCCUCAAUGAAGUCGUUCAUACCAUACAAGAACGUUAGACAGCUGAUGCUCCAUCCUCAUCGUGGCAACCAAAUAAUUCUGAUAUUUGAAUAUCUCAAGUUCCUCUAACUAGCCGAACGCGGCACGUGUUGUGUAAAGCCCACUACACCCAGCAGUCGAGCAUCCGUAGUCAAAGUGAAACGGCUGAGAGCCGAACAAACCAAAUCAAGUUGACCACGCGUCAAUGAAGUUCUGCCGCCGACUCUCGCCGGAGAUGAGAGGCUACUACUGCUUGCUCCACUUCUUGCUGCUGUCGGUCCUGCUCCACUUCCAUGGCGGCCAUUCCCAGAACCAGACGUGCGACCCCGCCGACCUGGCGGCGCUUCUGGCCUUCUCCGAUGGCUUGGACAGCGAGGGCGCCGGGCUGGUCGGAUGGGGUCCCAACGGCAACGCCUCCUGCUGCUCGUGGACAGGAGUUUCCUGCGAUCUCGGGAGGGUGGUGGGGUUGGAUCUCUCCAACCGGAGUCUCUCCCGGUACUCGCUUCGCGGCGGGGCGGUGGCGCAGCUCGGCCGGCUGGCCAGCCUGCGGCACCUCAACCUCAGCGGGAACGGCCUCACCGGCGCGUUCCCGGCGAGCGGCGGCGGCUUCCCGGCGAUCGAGGCGGUGAACAUCUCCUCCAACGGAUUCACUGGGCCACACCCUGCGUUCCCCGGUGCGCCGAACCUGUCGAUUCUUGAUAUCACCAACAACGCCUUCUCCGGUGGCAUCAACGUCACUGCGCUCUGCUCUUCGCCGGUCAAGGUCCUGCGGUUCUCGGCGAAUGCGUUCUCUGGUGAUUUCCCGGCCGGCUUUGGCCAGUGCAAGCUGCUCAACGACCUUUUCCUUGACGGCAAUGGUCUUACCGGGAGCCUUCCCAAGGACCUGUACACGAUGCCGGAGUUGAGGAGGCUAAGCUUGCAGGAAAAUAAGCUCUCCGGCAGCCUCGACGAGGACCUCGGUAACCUCUCUGUGCUCAAUCAGAUUGACUUGUCAUAUAACAUGUUCAAAGGCAACAUCCCUGAUGUGUUUGGGAAAUUGAGGAGCUUGGAGUUCUUGAACUUGGCGGCCAACAAAUUGAACGGCACAUUGCCUUUAUCUCUAUCAAGCUGCUCAAUGCUUAGAAUGGUCAGCUUAAGAAACAAUUCGCUGUCCGGUGAGAUUACCAUUGACUGCCGCUUGCUCCCAAGACUGAACACUUUUGAUGCUGGGACCAACAAGCUGAGUGGUGCUAUACCGCCUGGCCUGGCCUCGUGCACUGAGUUGAGGACGCUGAACCUUGCAAGGAACAAGCUUCAGGGCGGACUACCGGAUAGCUUCAAGAAUUUGAGUUCACUAUCAUACCUUUCUCUUACAGGGAAUGGUUUUACCAACUUGUCGUCAGCAUUGCAAGUCUUGCAGCAUUUGCCCAACCUGACGAGCUUGAUGCUCACCAAUAACUUCCAUGAUGGUGAGACAAUGUCAAUGGAUGGCAUUGAAGGGUUCAAGACUAUGCAGGUGCUUGUCCUAGCCAAUUGUGCGCUCUUGGGCACGAUUCCACCUUGGUUGCAGCACUUGAAGAGCCUCAAUGUGCUGGAUAUUUCAUGGAACAAUUUGAAUGGGAAGAUCCCGCCAUGGUUAGGCAACUUGGACAAUCUUUUCUACAUCGAUCUGUCAAACAACUCUUUCAGUGGGGAGCUUCCUGAAAGCUUUACACAAAUGAAGAGUUUGAUUUCAAGUAAUAGCUCAAGUGGGCAGGCAUCAACAGGAGACCUCCCAUUAUUUGUCAAGAAGAAUUCGAUUUCGACUGGUGUAGGCUUGCAGUACAACCAAGUUGCUAGCUUCCCAUCAUCACUGAUCCUCGCAAAUAACCUUCUUGUUGGGCCAAUAUUGCCGGCCUUUGGCCGUCUUGUGAAGCUUCAUGUGCUGGACUUGGGCUUUAACAACUUUUCUGGGCCAAUUCCUGAUGAGUUAUCAAAUAUGUCGAGCUUGGAAAUAUUGGAUUUGGCCCACAAUAAUCUCAGUGGGAGAAUACCACAGUCUCUAACGAAGUUGAACUUUCUCUCUAAGUUUGAUGUUUCAUUCAACAAUUUGUCUGGAGACGUUCCGACAGGGGGGCAAUUCUCCACAUUCACAGACGAUGCGUUCGUGGGCAACCCGGCGCUGCGUGUUUUUCGGAAGGGGUCAUCCAAUAAUGACAGUAAUGUGCAGGUGGUCGCAUUUGAGGCGCAUCAUGACUCUGAUUCUGCUUUUGGGCUUCUGAAUGUGGGAGCGGGAUUCACUUUUGGGCUGUGGACCAUAUGGAACAUACUGUUAUUUGCAAGUUCUUGGAGGGCAGCCUAUUUUCGGAUGGUUGAUAGUUUCUGUGAUAGGCUUUAUGUCAUAACAAUGGUGAACUUGAACAGACUCAGAAGGAAAUGGGAAUAUAAAGAUCGUCCUUAAAACAAACUCAGGCGUGGGUGGAAUUAUGUACUUUGUAUUAUUGUAUUUCACCAGGCUCUUGGUGUAUUUCUUUCACCUCAGGUACUGUGUCAUUUAGCUGUGCUGUAGAGGAGCUACAUUGGAAUCAUGGGUUUAAAUUUGAACUUCCCAUAAUGUUCUUGGCAUGAUAUCCAUUUGGUACAGGUGUGGCGGUGUUAAGAGCUGUGUAAGUUUGAGAAUAUGUGCUAGGGCCAUAUAAUCUUCAGGCUUCGUUUUAAAUGGGCCCAGAAUGGGCUAAUAUAAUAAUUCUUUGGUCGGGCUGGGUCGUGACCUGGGUGCUGGAGAAGCCCGUGAGAAGAAAAAACAUGGUCGACCGUUUUACAGCAGGUUGCUGUCAGAGUCCAAAGAAUGGUUGCAGCUCUGUACGGAGAAGGGCACAUGCGGAUGUGAUUAUACAAUAUACAGGAGUCAAAACCUCAUCAACUUGCCAGAUUAUACUGUCCAAUCUUUAUUUAAUCAUCAUCACGGGCAGGCCAGCUGUAGAUUAGUGCUAACCAACCAACCAUCUAUGUACUCUAGGUCUCUAGCUCAGCUUCUUGAUCACAUGACAAUACAUAUAACCUGCACACGAAUCAGACAAGGUACGCACGCGACAGAUGAGCAAUCAGAGAAACACAUGCGUAAUGGCCGCAAGUUGGGACUUCGGCUGCAACAA